UGGCUGAGGCAGAUCAAACAUGUCUUCUCUGAUGUCGAAAAUAUGUUGGAUGAAUUUGAGUGCGAAACAUUGCAAAAACAAGUUGUCCAAGCUCAUGGAAGCACCACAAUCAAGGUAGCUCAUUUCUUCUCAAGUUCUAAUCCUCUUGUUUUUCAUUAUAGAAUGGCUCAACAGAUCAAAACAAUCAAGAAGAGAUUAGACAAGGUUGCAGCAGACAGACACAAAUUUGGUCUUGACAGAAUUGGUGUUGAUAGACGUUUUGUACAUAGAAGGGACAUGACAUACUCUUACGUUAUUGAUUCGGAUGUCAUAGGAAGGAAUCAAGAUAAAGAAAAUAUUAUACAGCUUUUGGUGCAACAGAAUCCGAAUAAUAAUGACAAAAGGCUCUCUGUCAUCCCCAUUGUGGGGAUUGGAGGCUUGGGAAAGACCACACUGGCAAAGAUUGUGUUCAAUGAUACGAGGAUACAUGAGUUGUUCCCAUUGAAGAUGUGGGUUUGUGUUUCUAAUGCCUUUGAAAUUAAGCAAGAGAUUAUUAAAAUCAUAAACUCUAACAAUGAUUCUGCUCACCAACAAAAUUUAGACAAAGUAGAUGUGGAGCAACUGCAAUGUCAAUUAAGAAACAAACUUGCCUGUAAAAAGUUCUUACUAGUCUUGGAUGACGUGUGGAAUGAAGAUCUUGUGAAAUGGGUUGAGUUGAGGGAUUUAGUACAAGUAGGUGCUGCAGGAAGUAAAAUUCUAGUGACUACACGCAGUCACGUGACGGCUUCCAUGAUGGGCACGGUUCCCUCUUACCUUUUAGAAGGACUUUCCGAGGAGGAUUCAUUGUCUCUGUUUGUCAAAUGGGCAUUUAAAGAAGGAGAUGAGAAAAAGUAUCCAUAUUUGGUAAGUAUUGGGAAAGAAAUUGUGAAAAAAUGCAAAGGGGUGCCUUUAGCAGUGAGAACAUUGGGAAGUUUAUUAUAUUUGAAAGAUCAAAAAGAGGAAUGGGAAUUUGUGAGAGACAACGAAAUAUGGAGUUCAAUAAAACAUGGCAGUGCUAUGUGGCCUGCACUUAAGUUAAGUUUUGAUCAAAUGCCAUCCAAUUUGAGGCAAUGUUUUGCUUUGUUCAAUCUUUACCCAUGUGGCUAUGCAUUUGAUAGUUUUGAUGUUACAUCACUUUGGGGUGCACUUGGUCUCCUUCCAUCACCAAACAGAAACCAAAUAUUGAAACACGGUGGUGCAAAUCAAUAUAUGUGUGAACUAUUUUCAAGAUCUUUUCUGCAGGAUGUUGUUGACUACGACAUUGGAUUUGCCUUUAAAAUACAUGAGUUGGUGCAUGAUAUUGCAUGCUAUUUGGGAAAAGGCUCUAUAAUUGUAAGAUACCCCUUUGUAUUUAGACCAGAACACAGGUAUGUCCAGCAUCUAUCGUUUCCUGAAAAUGUUGGAAUUGAAAAUUUUCCAGUCCACAAAUUUGUUUGUGCGAGAACCAUACUAUUUCCUACCCCAGGAAUAGGAGCCAACAGUGAAGUUUUUUUGCUUGAAUGCGUUUCACGGUGCAAUAGAUUGCGAUUCUUAGAUUUAAGUGAUUCUGUGUCUAAAACUUUGUCUCCUUACAUUGGUAAGUUGAAACAUUUAAGAUAUCUCAGUCUUGAGAAUAAUAAAAGCUUAAAGAGACUUCCUGAUUCUCUUUGCAAUCUGCUAAAGUUGGAAGUUUUGAUACUUAGUGGAUGUACAGAGCUUGUAGCACUGCCUAAAGGUUUAAGAAAAAUGAUCAGUCUUCAACAUUUGGAGAUAACCACAAAGCAAUGUGUUUUUCCAGAGGAUGAGAUUGCAAACUUGAGCUCUCUUCAGACUCUCAGAAUCGAAUUUUGCAACAACGUGGAAUCUUUGUUUGGAGGGAUUACACUCCCUACUCUUAAAGUGUUGUGUAUUUCCUGUUGCCAGAGUCUAAAGUCCUUGCCACUUGAUAUUGAACAUUUUCCUGAAUUAGAGACUUUGUUAGUUGACAACUGUGAUGUGUUGGAGUUGUCAAAGGAACAUAAUCAAAAUUUCCACUUGAGGUUGAAGAUUGUAAACUUCAUUUCAUUGCCCCAGUUAUUGAUCUUGCCUCAAUGGCUUCAAGGUUCCACUGAUACAUUGCAGUACUUGUUAAUUUCAAGCUGCAACAAUCUUGUGGGGCUUCCUCAAUGGCUAUCAGCUAUGAAUUGUCUGAAAACACUGUGUGUCACAAGCUGUCCUAAUAUGUUGUCUCUCCAUGAUGACAUCCAUCACCUACCCACCCUUGAACGAUUGGAAAUUGAUGGUAAUCUGGAAUCGUGCCAACACUUAACCUUUGAUGAACCAGAUGAAGAAGUGGAGGAAAAGAUAGAAGAAUUGGAGUAAGGGAAAAGUAGUGGUAAGCUUUAAAACAGUCACCACAAAAACUGGUUUUUCUAUGUUUUGGGUUUACAUCAUGUAUGUUGUUGUUUUUUAGGGCCUUUUAAUCUUCUGGUAAUGCCACAACAAGGUGAACUAUUUUUUUGCUGGCUAUGUGCUUAAACUAGUUAUUCAGAUUGAACCAGUGUUUAAUUCGCUA